ACAGGGGCAAGGGCCCUGGGAGCAGCAGACCAGCCUCCUAGCUCAAGAUAGCCGCUUUGCCUCCACUCAGCUCUGCCACUGCCCUGCCCCAUUCCUUGGGACCCACCCCCACCCCUUCCCGGCUGCUUGAUCUGGCCAGCUUUCCUCUGGAUUCCAGCCUCUGGCCAUUGGUUCCUCCCCUCCUUCUCCAGGCCUCUGUCCCUGUCCUUCUUCCUCUAGAUUCCCUCCCUCCACCUCCCUCUUUGUAGAACCUCUCUUUCGUCUGGCCGUCUCUCCCCACUUUCUGACCUCUUCCCUUUGGAGGGCUCACUGUGGCCCAGGCCUAAGGGGAGAUGGGGAAGGCUCAGUUCCUGGUCUUGCUGCUUCUGCAACUGCUGUGGGUGGCUUCAGUGGAGGCUCCAAGGCCUGGGGCAGAGGUCUCGGUGGUGUGGGCCCAGGAGGGUGCUCCUGCCCAGCUCCCCUGCAGCCCCACAAUCGCCCUCCAGUCUCCCAGCCUUCUGCGAACAGGAGGGAUCACUUGGCGGCAUCUACCAGACAGCUGGCCCCUGGCCCAUGGCCAGCGCCCCGCGGCGCCCUCCCCCUACACGGUGCUGAGGCUGACGCCCGGGGGCCUGCGCAGCGGGCGCCCGCCCCUGCAGCCCCGACGCGGGGACUUCUCGCUGUGGCUGCGCCCGGCCCAACGCGACGACGCGGGCGAAUACCGCGCCACGGUGAACCUCAACAGCCUCGCUGCUGUGCGCUCCAAGGACCACGCCCUCUCCUGCCGCCUCCGUCUGCGCGUGGGCCAGGCCUCGAUGACUGCCAGCCCCCCAGGGUCUCUCAGGACCAACGAUUGGGUCGUUUUGAACUGCUCCUUCAGCCGCCCGGACCUCCCAGCCUCUGUGCUCUGGUUCCGGGGCCCAGGCCAAAUCCCUGUCCAGGAGUCGUCCCAUCACCACUUAGUCGGAAGCUUCCUCUUCCUGCCCCAAGUCCGCCCCUUGGACUCUGGGCCCUGGAGCUGCAUCCUCACCUACGAAGAUGGCUUCAAUGUCUCCAUCACGUACAACCUCAGCGUUCUGGGACCGGAGCCUCCAGUCUCUGAGCCUCCAGUUCCUCUGACAGUGUAUGCUGGAGCAGGUUCCCAGGUGGAGCUGCCCUGCCGCCUGCCUCCUGGUGUAGGGACCCAGUCUUCCCUCAUUGCCAAGUGGGCUCCUCCUGGGGGAGGCCCUGACCUGCUGGUGGCUGGAGACAAUGGCAACUUUACCCUUCGACUAGAGUCUGUGAGCCAAGCCCAGGCUGGGACCUACACCUGCCGCAUCCAUGUGCAAGGGCAGCAGCUCAGUACCACUGUCACUCUGGCAGUCAUCGCAGGUGCCCAGCGCUCUGAGAGAGUCCCACGUGCCCAGAAAAAAGGCCAUCUCCCUUUCUUUCUCACCCUUGGUGUCCUCUUUCUGCUUCUUUUGGUGACUGCAGCCUUUGGCUUUCACCUUUGGAGAAGACGGUGGCAACCAAGAAGAUUCUCUGCCUUAGAGCAUGGGAUCUACCCACCUCAGACUCAGAGCAAGAUAGGGGAUCUGGAGCAAGAACCAGAACCAGAGCCGGAGAUGAAGCCAGAGGCAGAGCUGGAGCCGGAAGUGGAGCUGGAGUCAGAGCUGGAGCCACAGCAGCCCUGACCUGGAGCUGAGGCAGCCUGCAGAUCUCCACAGCUUAGUCUAAAUAAACUCCCA